AUGGCGGACGAAGACAGCUGUGAUCGUGACAGUCCCGAAAGUUUGAAAAAGAAAAUAUCAAAACGGAGCCUCAGAAGACUACAGGUAAGUCAAUAUAAGAAUAUCUGUUUUAAAAUUUAACAUUUUAAAUGAAAUAUGUGGUAAACCUGGCGGUUAGAGUAGCCUUUAGCUUUGACAACCGAAACCCUUUCAAACAAUCCCCUUUCUAUUUUUUAGGUUACAGCUGCCAAAAAGCUGAGAUGUAAUUUAUGUCCCAACAAAAGGUUCACUUCUCUUAAGAUGUAUGAUGACCACAUGGCGUCCAAGAAGCACAGAAAGGUUAAAUUACAGAACAAUUCCGAGGGAGCGUGGGUUUGCCAGGCUUGUGAGCUUGUGCUGACCUCUCAAUCUGAAUGGGUGAGUUAAGAAUUGAAAUAAAAAUUAGCUGUUUAUGAUGAGACCGUGUUAAAGCACAAUCCUCUCAUAAUCAAGAAUUCAUUAUAAACCCUGUGGGGUUACAGUAUGAGCCAUCAAGGAGUACUGCAGGAUAAUUUUUUGAGUAUUAAUUUUGCUAUCCUAUAACUGCAAGAAUUUUGGUGUCAGAAAAAUGCUAAAGAAACCCACAUGUCUGUAGGAAGGAGAGGACCAGGUGCCCAUGACCUGCCCCUGGAUCUGCCACAGUAUUAAUACUUUAGCGUAUACCUAUCUCAGGGUGGGGUUCUGAUCCAACAGUGGUAUCCCUCCCCCUUUCUCCUUGUUUACAAGGUAUAAUUUACACGUAUUUAUGUGAAGGAUGUUACACUUUCCUCCACUUGUAAUAGUUCUCCUCUAGUUAAUGAUGAAAGCCUACAUAGAUAAAAAUCUGCAUAUUCCAAGUGCAUUUAGUGGUAUGCUGUCUGAAUUGCAUCUUAAUUUACUUUAUUCUGGACCUUUAGACCCAUGAUAUCCUGAAUUGCUCAUAGAAAUAUUAUUAUUCCUUAAUGCUCUUUAGUUUGUUAUGAUUGACAUUAAAGAGUUAUAUUAGCCUAAAAUGCAAGUGGUAAUGAAAGCAAUAGUACUUAGUAAGAAGGAGUAAAAAAAAUCUCCAGGGAGUCACAUGGAAGUGUUAAUUAGCAAGAUGCUUGUAUGUGAGAAUCUAUACUGAAAACAGGUCUCAAGUACUGUAUGAUGGGUGUAUCACAAAUUAUGACAGUAGUUUUUACCUUCUACCUUAACUUCAGGUGAAGCACCUCUGUGGUCGUCGACACCAUUUCAAACUUAAGGAGUGGAGUUUAAAACUCUUCCCAACUUCAAAUCCAGUCAGUCAAAAAGAAAUAGAUUUGUUAGAUGACUCUUGUUAUGAAGAGACAGAGGAUAACGACAUGGAGACAAUGGAUAGUAAAGUGGGGAAAGUGACUCUAGAAAUCAAUUUUUAA